GCAUUCCUUAUUCACCUCUUGGAACACACCAACAUCUACCUCCAGAGUGCUCCAAGAUCAUCCUUGGCUGGACACUGCAGCAGACAACUUCAGGCCACCUCAACCGGAGUUCCAGAGAAACAAAGAUACACGCGCUAAUGAUCCUUCAACAGCAACUGACGAUAACCCAUGCUCUAAUCCCAUGACAUCAGCAAUGGACAAUGGCCAAAGAUCGCAAAGCAACCGUAACCAAACUGCUAACCAUCCCGUUUCUGUUUCAGAUCACUACACAGACCAUGCACACGUUGGGUAUGAGUCGGAAGAUGGCGAAUACUCAGGCAAAUCUGCCGACCUGGAGGUUCACAAUAUCGAACAUGUUCCAGUGGAUCUUAGGAUGUCUAGCUUAUCGCACAAAAAUCAGCAUGUCUCCGAGUCUAGUUCUGAGGCAGAUUUUCAACUUCAAGCUGACUUCCCUCAACCUGAAACUUCGCUUUACAAGGAAACUGGGCCAUUGCUUGAACGCCAGCAUGAUAUGCUUGAUGGCAGACAUUCACGUCCCGUAGAAAAGCCGUAUGAAUGUAAGUUUUGCGAUAAAUCAUUUUCUACUCAGUCCAGUCUAACAUCUCAUGAACGUACGCACCGAGAAGAGAAACCUUUCAAGUGUAAAGUGUGCGAUAAAGUCUUCGAUUGGCGAUCUCUUCUUGUCCGUCAUGUUCGAGUUCACUCAGGAGACAAACCCUUCACGUGCAAGUUCUGCGCUAAAUCAUUCAGUGAUAAAUCCAAUCAUACUACUCAUGAACGGUACCAUACCGGGGAGAAGCGAUUUACCUGUGAUCACUGUGAUCAAGGUUUUCAACACAGUUCCCAACUUAGAAUUCAUUCACGCAUUCACACUGGAGAGAGACCAUACAAGUGCAAAGAGUGUGACAAGGCAUUCAGAUACCAUUCACAUCUCACCGUGCAUCAACGCAUCCAUGCUGGGGAUAGACCAUACAAGUGUAAAGAAUGUGGCAAAGAAUUCACACAACGAUCACAUCUCACAGUUCAUCAACGCAUCCAUGCCGGAGAGAAACCUUUCAAGUGUACCGUUUGUGACAAAGCGUUUGGGACUCCAUCAAAUCUUUCAAAACAUAAACGCAUCCAUACUGCAUGAAAACCCUUCAAAUGUAACGUUUGUGGCGAAUCAUUCAGGAAUACUUCACAUCUUGCAAGUCAUCAACGCAUCCAUUCUGGCACGACGCCAUUUUCGUGUAAAGUAUGUGGAAAGCCUUUCUCUCGGAAAUCCAAUCUAACGGUACACGAAGGAAUCCAUCCCUGAGAGAAACUUAUCAGCGACUGUGACAAGUAUUUCAAUCGUACAAAACAACACCUGGAAGACCAUGCAAACUACUAACACCGUUGAACAAAAGGUUUCUUUCCCAGAUUAAGAAAAAUGUUCAUUAUAAGUGCGUUUUGAAAUGCAAGUAGCCCAA